AUGGCCUCAGAACAGCAACCUGCAAAAAAGAUGGACGAUGUCUCAGCGCCACAACCCUCACAGGCAGCCGCCAAAGGACCGAAGCCCUCAGAGUCGAAGCGCAUGCGGAUGCAGCACGACGUGGCGGGCGCAUUCUCGACUCCGCGACCGGCAAUGGCUAUUGGCUCGAGGAUCUAUGCCGCGACUAUGACCUCGGCAGCGGCCGAGAAGCUUCCGGAUUCGCUGAGUCUGCGCAUCCAAUCCAUCACCGAGGCCUGGCCCGAAGCCGACAAGAACAGCUUCGACCUGGUCCACCAGCGCACGGGCCUGUAUACCAUCGGCGCCGGGCUUCGAGCCGCAGUCACUGGCCUGGCUGGCCUAGUGAAGCCGGGAGGCUGGAUCCAGAUCGUAGACGCGGACUUGACGGGGCCGGAGGCGGACGCCGACAGCCCGCUGGGCCCCGCUGUGCAUCUGAUCAAGUCGCUGCUCGGCAAGCGCCUAGACAACUCGGACGCAUAUGGUGCCACUCUGAAGCACAUCCUCGAGGAGAACGGGUUUGUCGGGGUGCAGGAGCAGAUCUUCGACGCGCGUAUUGGAGCCAUGAAUCCGAACGCUGAACUUGCCGAGAAAGGCACGAUGAGCUAUGUCCUUGCGACCGAGGGCAUGGCUGCGGCUGUCAAGAGCAAGGGGGGCGAGAAGUGGUCAAGCUUCGACCCAGUCGCGAUGGUCUCGGCGUUGAAGCAAGGCCUCGAAGAGAAGGGCGCUUUGUGCCGCUACUGGGUGGUCUGGGGCCAGAAACCCUUGUAG